AUGCACAUCUUGUUUAUUGAUACCAAUGCGGCAAUAUGCCAUCAAUGGAUUAAGCAAUUGGAGGUACUUAAACAGAGUACAUUAUUAAAACGAAUGCCUAGAAUAACUAUUCAUAACUUACUGAUCCACGAUCUUUUAUUAGGAUUAGACCAUGUCCCAAACGAGACCAAGAAUGGUAUAGAUUCCACAUAUGUAGUAACCCCUUCGAAUUCUCUUCUGUAUAUGGGAGGUGGGUUUGAUCAAAGUCUUUUACAACUGUUACUUAUAGGAACAGGUUCUUCUGAUUAUAAACGGUUGGAAAAGUUGAUUCAAAAUCAGGCAUUGAACCGUUACAAAGGAUACGUCGCUCCCAAUACCAUUCAUCCGGUAUCACUUUUGAAAACAGCCGGAAUCACUCAAUUACUCACAAAUAGUCUAGCCCUUGCCAAUUGGAAUAUUACAGAAUUAAUACAAAUUCCUUCAAUGGUAGUUCCUAGCAAAAUUGAACAAUUAGAGACAGUUUUCGACUUUAUGUGGGGAUUACUUAAUCAUUUGAGUAUGACAUUCACCACCGCGACUUCACAAUUGGAUGAUCAUUCAAAUGUGGUGAUACCAGGAAUUGGGACUGGGUACGGUCAAUUAGACACUAGUGACGUGGCCAAAGUAAUGAUGUAUGCUGUUGGUAUCUUCCACUUGGAAUUGGAUCAUCUUGGUGAGAACCAGCAGCAUCUUGCACGUCUGAUACUAAUCUUAUUUCUACUUCGAAAAAACUAUCGAUUACUUGAAAAUGAAUACGAUCUUUUAGAAUUGGAGUCUCUCAUGACCGAUAAGGGGAGGUAUUACGACUUUGAUAGCAGUACUCCUACUGGGGUACCAGAUUGGGAAAGAUUUGUCUAUUGUCCAGAGACAAACCAAGUACUUUUGCUCAACCGACUCAAAAGUCCCAAUAUGGGACUAUGGAAUGGGGUUGGUGGUAAAUUAGAUCCUCAUGAGCUACCCCAAGAUUGCAUUGUUCGUGAGACUUUUGAAGAAACAGGCUUGGAUAUCCCUCAAUAUCAAAGUCGGGGUGUGGUUCUCUGGAACGUCGAGAACGAAGAACAGAAUGGAAUGUAUGUCUUUACUGCUGAGGUGAGUAAAGAAGUUGUUGAUUCAUACAAGACUCCCGUACAAAUUUCACACGAAGGAAUUUUGGACUGGAAACCAUGGGAUUGGGUUGUUGAUGCUGAUAAUUUGGGAGUUGUAUCAAAUAUCAAGUUGAUUUUAAACACAUUAUUGAAGGGGUCAUGUGAUGAUAAGUACAUGAUGAUUUAUAAAGGACAUACAUUAAUAGAUUUCCAGUAUAUAAAGAAUGGGAAUGUAGAUCAUCCCGUUGAAUAUUGA